UUGUGCACGUUUGUAUUUAGGCCAACUUAUACCAAUUUGAACCGGCUAAUCGCACAAGUUGUAUCCUCGAUAACAGCAUCGCUACGCUUUGAUGGCGCGUUGAACGUUGAUUUGGCAGAAUUUCAGACAAAUUUAGUGCCAUAUCCCCGGAUACAUUUUCCGCUAGUCACCUACGCUCCAAUUAUUUCCAGUGAUCGAGCGUAUCAUGAAUCGUUAACAGUAUCUGAUAUAACGAAUCAGUGCUUUGAACCUGGAAAUCAGAUGGUUAAUUGCGAUCCGCGCCGUGGCAAAUUUAUGGCUUGUUGUAUGCUUUUCAGGGGUGAUGUUGUGCCGAAGGUAGAGUUUUUAUCAUUCUUAUAA